UUAAGCAAUUGCAGUUUCAGAUUGUUUAUUACCAGACGUGUCGACAAGAGGAAGAGGCAACGUAUGACGUUCUUGUCUCGUUUGGAUCGUCUGGGAGCAUUCACGGCACACCUGAAGCAUACCUCUUCAGGAUUCAGUACAAAUCGUGCUCUCUCACUUGAAGGACCAACACUAACAUUCGUGCAAGUGCAAUUUCGAAUUUCAAAUUUUUAUUUCUACUGAUUUUUACGGAAAUGGGAGGGCCUGAAUUCCUAUUUUUCCUGGGACUUUUGGCCUUUGGAUACACUACCAAGUGUCCCAGUCAGGAACUCAAUCCUCAACGAGAAAUCCUCUGUUACAUUUCAUCAAAUGAUUUGAAGCAAUUCGAAAAUUCAAUUUGCCGAUGCACAACGAUUGUGUUCAAGGGUCAUAAUCUUCAGGAUCUUGCGGUUUCCGCUUUUCGGGGAAUCCGAGAGUCUUUGAAGAAAAUCAAUCCAACUAUUCAAUUUGUCGUCAGCAUCGAUGACCAUCAAGAGUCAUUGAAAACUUCUGCAGCAGCUAUUCCGCAAGCAAUCGCCGCAAUUUGUGCAAUUUUGAAAGAGGUUGACGGUGUAGAAUUGAAUAUAACUGCAGGCAAUAAAGAACGUUUAGUGCAUUUUAUUCAGGGCUUGAGAGAAGAAAUGAGUAGAAAAUCUGAAAUGAAAAGAAUUUUAUUAGCAUUGCCACAAAAAAAUGAACACCUUGUGAAGGAGUUUGACUUGAAAAGUCUCGUAAAAUAUGUCGAUUUGUUUACCGUCCCCACGCAUUAUCUCAUGGGUGAUGAUGAUUUAUUUAAAACUUUUCAUCCUUCGAGAUUGAUGGGACUGUCUGAUCUUUUGAAUACAGAUAAUUUGGUGGAUCUUAUCCAUGGCCUUGGUGUUGAUAAAGGGAAGAUAGUAAUUUCUGUGCCAGCGAGUGGAUAUAAAUUUACUCUCCAGGAUUCAAAGAAUAAUGCACUCGGUGCACCUACAGUCGACGAAAAGCCGGUGAUAAUCGAUCGAAAGGAAUUCUGUGAAAUUAUCAAAAACGGGGAAUGGAUAAUUGAACGAGAGGGUGAUCUUACAGCUCCUUACAUUUUCAAUGGAUUGACUUGGAUUGCAUUCGAGGAUGAAAUUUCCACAAAAAUCAAGGGCAAGUACGUUCUUCUUCGAGACAUAGCCGGUCUUGCGAUCCAUGAUGUAGCAAAUGACUCCACAACGAACUGCAGCAAAAGCAUUCUUGAGGAAAUCUAUCACUCCUUUACUGAUAACCAGAGAAAAACUCGAGAAGCCGUCCUGAAUUCACUCGAAACAGAUAUUAAAAAUACGGCAAGUCCAUAUCCAAAUAGUGUGAAAUCCUCCAACUUCAGGAUAGUUCAAGUGGUUGAUAGUGGAGGUAACGUUCGUGCUGUCAGAGAAAAUAAGCAAACUGAGUUUAUCUGUAUGAAACAAGGCCACUUUGUACACCCGAAGAGCUGCAACAGGUUUUACCGCUGUGUAAAAUUCAAUCAACAAGUUGAAAACUACAGUGUAUUCGAGUUUGAUUGUCCCGAUGGUUUGUCAUUCGAUGAACGAACUGAAGUAUGUGUCUGGCCUGGUUCUAUGCCAAAAGGUUCACCUUGUCCCGGAAGCAGCGAAAUCGCACCAACAGCUCCACGAAGAUUCCGCUGUCCUGGAGAAGGUUAUUACGCUGAUCCUAACAACUGCAGAUGGUUCUUCGCCUGUAUGAAUUUAGGACAGGAUGAUAUGACACCAUACGAAUUCCGAUGUCCUUACGGAUUGGUGUUUGAUGAAAAAAAAUUAGUGUGCGAUUGGCCAUGGCUAGUGCCCGCCUGUGCUGGUAAAAAUUACAACUACGGUGGGGAGAACAUCUACGGUACUCUAGAUUUUGGUGUUUCAAAUUCCGUAAAACAUGGAGAAAAUAAUGGCCCAUCCAAUAAUUCUGCGCGAGAGUACUCAAACCGCUAUGAUCAUUCGUCACAUGGACACGAAAAAAAUUACACGAAAAAAAUCCACUCCUCUCUAAAUCACGUCACAGAAGCCGCAGAUAAUUCUAAAGGAAACAGUAAUCCUUCACAACCCAGGGAUAAAGAAAACCCACAAAUCAAAAAAAAUUAUACCACCACUUUAAAACCUACCCAGAAUAAUGAAGCAACAAUAGCCCCAGAGGGUGGUUUGAUUUCAACUAUUCCAUCUCAAGAUAAUAUUUUCCCGUCAACACCGAAGUAUCGAGAUUAUUCGGUAGAUGGUGGAAAAUUAACUGAAAUCUCAGUAAAUAUUGGAAGUCCAAAUGCGCAGGAAAUUUCAUCUAAACCGGACGAAGCAACGUCAAGUGAAUCAUCUAUUCAAACAAGCAAUUCUGUUGGAAUAAUAUCGAGUAUAAAUCGUCCUAUAUAUGUUCCGACACAAAGUGAAAAACCCGGCUUUGGGAUUUCCAUAAAUUCGAAUGCAGACUAUGAUUUAUUACAAGAUAAUCCAAAAAAUAGAGAGAUCAAUUUGGGAAAGGGUAUUGGUCUCACUGGAUCCGAUGUGUCUGGUGUUACUUCAAGGAUUUCUAUUGGGAAUGCAUAUCAUCCUAAUCAAGCCAGUACUAUUGGCAUUAAAACUCAAUCGAAAUAUUAUCCAGGUGUAUCGAAUACAUUUGGUUCAAUACAAUCGACUAAGCAAUAUAAUACAAACAGCGCCGGAGAAAUUCAAUUCCCGUACACUCCAGCGAUAAAUCGAGGAAUAACAAAUAAUCAAUUCGGACAAAACAAACAACCUGGAAUAGCGUUUGGAAAUACUGGAGGAAGCCAAACAUCUUUUCUCAAUGAAAUUCAUUCGGGUGUAACGCCUGCCCUUCCCUCAGGAAAAUUAGGAUUUCAUUAUUCCACUAACCCCUAUGUAACCUCGUCGGAAAUUACAACAUUUGGUACACAAAAUGCAAUAUUAAAUGGAGUUACUCGAGAAAAAUUACCAGAUGAUUAUUCGGUGGCAAUACCCAAGGGCUCUCAUGGCAACCAAUUUUUCACCAAUUACGCUUCUAAGGACCCAAUCAAUGGGGGAAAUCCCUUCCUACCAUCGACACCUGCAGCACCCUUUAAAGGAAGUAAUAGAAAUGAAUUAUCUGUGAAUUAUCCAAUCAGUAAUUCGGGGUAUAAAGGAAAUCCCUUUCUCCCAUCAACACCGUCCACACCCGGCGACAGAGUUAAUAAUAAUGAAUUUUUCGUAAAUCAACCGUCCAUUAAUUCGGGAUAUAAAGGAAAUCCAUUCCUCCCACCGACACCAGCUCCAAAUUAUGAGGGAGGAGUGGGAACACCAAUUUUCACAUAUCCAUCUAGAAAUCCACUGUAUAAGGGAAAUCCAUUUCUUCCGCCAACAUCAGCCACCGGCUCUGGCAAUAAAUAUUAUCCAAAUCAAGCCGGUAAUUCUGCCGAAGUUACACUGAGACCUUCUAGCGGCAAUUCUUACAAGACUAAUGAGUAUUAUGACAACGGGGGUCGCAGCACAAUUCGUUACAACAAUGGUUUAAUCACCCAUAAAUAUACGGAGGAUGAUAUUAAAAGUGGAAAAAUUCCGUACCAAACUCUUUCACCGUGGAUACCUGGAAAUCAAACGUCUAGCCCUAUUGCGGGAAUUUAUACGGCGCCAGAUUUUAUUAAAACAGUCCCCGCAAAAACAGGAAUAACAAAAGCGCAAUUGGGUGGAAGUGGAACGUAUGUUGUGGGAUCUUAUAAACCGACACCAAUAACAGAAAGCAAUACAAUUCAAAUUGGGGAAAAUGCUUUCAGUAGUUUAAAUAAUAUACUGCAAUCAACACUGCAAGCCAAGUCUAUUCCCAAUAGCCCUAUUUUGAAAAAUUCACAGUCAUAUAUAAAACGUAUAGAAUCCACGACCGUGGCUUACGAUAAAAAGGGAGAAAUUACAACUCAAACGCCUAUUUACAAUAUUCAAAUUGAUAAUAAACCAGGAAUAACUUCGAGACCAGUAGAUAUUAAUACUUUCUCAAAAGUAUCAGAAAUAUCCCCUACGGCACCUUCGACUCCGCUUUCUGUUUCAUCGACUGCAGAAUCCAUUGUGGAUACGACUAGAAAACUAUCAAGCGAUGGUUACAAAUUCAAGUCGUCAACUUCAAUACCCGAUGCUGGCCUUUUUUCUCAGCCAUUCACAAGACCGACUUCCUCCUCUAGCGUAGGAAAGAAUCUCAGAGACAACCAAAUUGAUAAUCAAGAUGAUAAAAACGAUAAAUUCUCGAGUAUAUCGUCCACAGAUUUUAAAAAUGAUCAAGGAAAUUAUGGACAAUCAACUCAGACUGUCGAUGAAGGAUACGACUACGAAGAUCGAAGUACGAGCUUUGGACAAAAAAUUUCCCAAAAUAAAAUAGAGUCCAAUGAUUUAAAUACGCAAUUCGACACCUCCACGAAAUCCAGGUUUGAGAAUUCAGCAUCGACUACAUUGUCGGCACCGGCAGACACGUAUGAUGCCACACCCACACGAAUUACGCCAAUUGAUGUAAAUUACAAUUACCCUAGACCUAAUUCACUUCCUCCAACCGGUGAGCAGACAAUCAAGCCAAUAUUGGUACAGCAAACAAAAGAAACAACAAAGGAAUCCCCCAAACCCGGAAAUAAUUACAAUCGAGGAACUUCCAAGUAUCGACCAACUCAUGAUCAAUACGACGAUACGGAAAUCAAUAAAAAUAAUCCAAUAAAAGUAACGACUCAACAACCGGCUGUGACAACCUACAAUGGAGGUUACAAAGAUUCAUCAGCGAUCCCAUCAUCUGGAAUUGUUAAAAUAGAGAAAGGAGGAAAGGUUGUAGUUAAAUACAGUGAUUUACAUCCUGUUCUACUUGAAAAAUUGGAGGCUGAAUGCACCUGCCGAUCCGAUCCGUUUGCUCUUCACAAAAGUAAUAAACCGCUCUUGAUCGAUUCAUCGAAAGGAAUUAUUGACCUGGCAAACUACGAUGAAUCGGACAUUGACGUCGAUCUGGGAACCAAUAAAGGAUAUAGUGAGAAUAUUGGACUGACAACCACAUCUUCAUCGGAAAAAUUCACAUCUAACGUAAAAAUUUCCAGAAAACGUACUUUAACUCUGGAUGGAAAUAUCGAUACGAGUAAAUCAAGAGAUGGCAAAAACCUGUCUCAUUUUGAAAAUUAUCGGGACGGUAAUCAAAAUAAUGAAACAUUUGAUACCGAUGAAAUUGAAUUUUUAGGAGUCGAUCCAGAAGGCAAAGAGGAAUGCGCACGUGCAGGGCUUUUUAGGCACCCGAAAUUUUGUAAUAAAUUUUACGUUUGCCACUGGGAUCAAGCGGAGGAAAAAUUUAUACUCAAUUUAUCCGACUGCCCAGUGCAUUUAUCAUUCGAUAGUAGAGCUGGAGCUUGUAAUUGGCCCAGUGAUGGACCAGCAUGUCAAAGCGAUCAUCUUCUCGUUUGAAUCAUAUAAUUUUAUCGAUUGUCCAAAUUUUACUUAUAUAAUUAAUUUAUACUGAUUCGUGUAACGAUAAUUCCCCUGAUUUCUAUCCCCUGUCCAAUGGCAAAUGAAUUGAAAAUCUUUGUGAAAGUGUCUCAGCGCUACACAAACGAGUGAAAGUCGAUUGGAAGUUUUAAUCUGGAUCCUACAGUUGUGCCCUUAGAAUAGUCAAUAAAUAAAUCAAAAGCGCGAGUUGAAAUCUCACGGAGAAUAGACGAAAGGAGAAAAAAAAAUAUCUGUAUAUAAUCCAGUCUUAUUUUUUGCAGCUCGAUUUUUUCUUACAUUAUUGCUAAUAAAUCUGUCAGUAUACUC